GAGGGAUAAUAAGCAAAAUUUUACGAAAAGAAAAAGGGGGAUACGAAAUAACCAUAGUGGAUGCAUCGAAUGAACGCCAAGUAAAUGAUAUUAUCCCUCGAGGCCUAGAACUUCUUGUUUCAGAGGGCGAAUCCAUUAAACUCGAUCAACCAUUAACGAGUAAUCCUAAUGUGGGUGGAUUUGGUCAAGGGGAUGCGGAAAUA